CGGAAAACACCCAAGACCAAAAAAGCCAGCAGUGGGGGUUUAUAUUCCCGUCGAGACACUUUCUAUGAGCCAUUUUUAUUUCUACCAGACUAAGGGUGAACAUGUAAACUGCUGUGGUCAAGGCGGACUCAUGACACCCACAUCUUUUAAAAGAGGACACCCAAAAGAGACGUGAAACUGCCUUUCUAGACGGCUAUGUGAGGUGUGACUAUGGAGGCCCGACAUGAGCAAAGCUGUCCAACCAAGAGGAAUGAAGACGGAGAGAGAAGACGGCAUUGCAAACCUAAACUUUGUUGGUACACUGCUGUCCGUGAUGAGCCUGUGACUCUGCCAUGAAACACAAACAUGGAGCGCAGAGUGCAAAAAAGAGCCGGUGAAGGAAAUGCGUUUGUGAAGCAGCUGAACAAGGAAGCAAGAAGUGCGUAUUCUCUGUAGUGUGUAAUUGCAGAGUGUGUGCGCUAGAUGAACUGUCUGAGUCAAAUGACAGCGAUCGAUUGAACGUCAAUGGGCACAUCCGUGUAAGAAGGCAUCUUUCCGGUGCACAGGGCCUGACAAUCAAGACACUUUUUGUGACUCAUGCUACAUAUGUGGCACCUCAGGGCAACAAGGUAGUUGCACAGCAGAACAGAAAAGAGCAGAUGAUAGAGCUUGAUGUAUGCCUGAAAGUUACCACGGUAUCUUAUCUGCUCCUGUAGGACGACAACCAGAUUUUCAUUUUUCUGAUUUAAAAAGGAGACACGGAACUAGAGCCACUACGCUGUCCGCUAUGCCUCGGAAUCGGGCCUUUUCAGAGCCAGAGUACUCGGUGGAGUAUUCAGCGGACUGCUCGGUGACCCUGCCGUCCGACCCUGGCCAGGCAGUGGGGCGAACACAUGAAGUGACGGUCCGCAGCUCAGGAUGCUGCCUCUGCCUGCCGCGGUUCAUGCGCCUCACCUUCGCGCCUGAGUCACUGGAAAACCUCUACCAGACCUACUUCAGACGGCAGAGACAUGAAACCCUCCUGGUGCUGGUCGUGUUCGCAGCCCUCUUCGACAGCUACAUCAUCGUCAUGUGCGCCGUCGUGUACACGAGCGACAAACUGGCCUCUGUGGUGGUGGCAUCGGUGGGACUGGCAGCAGAUAUCAUUCUCUACCUGCUGUGCCGCUAUGGGCUGCUGCCGGACCGCAUCUCACGGCGGGUGGUGCCCUACGCCCUGUGGGUGCUCAUAGCAGCUCAGAUAUUCUGCUACCUGGGUCUGAACUACGCUCGCUUCCACCAAGCCAGCGACACCGUGGGCUGGCAGGCCUUCUUCAGCUUCUCUUUCUUCCUCACUCUGCCUCUGAGGCUGACACCCAUUGUGCUCAUCACUGCUGUAUCCUGUGGCGUCCAUACCCUGGUUUUGGGCGUCACCAUCGCCCAGCAGCAGCAGGAGGAAAUCCAGGGAGCAGCGCUGGGCAGACAGCUGCUGGCCAACAUUGUGAUCUAUGUAUGUGCCAUCACUGUGGGGGUCAUGUCGUACUACAUGGCUGACCGCAAGCAUCGAAAGGCCUUCCUGGAGGCCAGGCAGUCACUGGAGGUCAAGCUCAACCUGGAGGAACAGAGCCAGCAACAGGAACGUUUGUUGCUCUCCAUCCUUCCAAAGCACAUAGCGGAUGAGAUGCUGCAGGACAUGAAGAAGGAGGCCAGCCAAAAGGAGAUGCAGCAGUUCAACACCAUGUACAUGUAUAGACAUGAAAAUGUCAGUAUUUUGUUUGCAGACAUCGUCGGCUUCACCCAGCUGUCGUCCUCCUGCAGCGCUCAGGAGCUGGUCAAGCUGCUCAAUGAGUUGUUUGCCCGCUUUGACAAGCUGGCUGCGAAAUAUCACCAGCUGAGAAUCAAGAUCCUAGGAGACUGCUACUACUGUAUCUGUGGGCUGCCAGACUACAGGGAGGACCAUGCUGCCUGCUCUAUAAUGAUGGGCCUGGCCAUGGUGGAGGCCAUCUCGUAUGUCCGUGAGAAAACCCAGACGGAUGUGGACAUGCGAGUUGGAGUCCACAGUGGCACCGUCCUUGGGGGGGUGCUGGGUCAAAAACGCUGGCAAUACGAUGUCUGGUCCACCGACGUCACCGUGGCCAACAAGAUGGAGGCCGGAGGAAUCCCUGGUCGCGUGCACAUCUCCCAGAGCACCAUGGAAUGCCUUCACGGGGAGUUUGACGUGGAGCCAGGCAACGGAGGCGACCGCUGUGACUACCUGAAGGAAAGGGGCAUUGAGACCUACCUGGUGGUCGUGCCCAAAGGACCUGUGGGCAAGAACGGCAUCAACGGGGUGAAGCUGUCUGUAACCUCCUCAAACGGAAACUCGCCGCUGUUAAUCAACACUACCGAGUGCAACGGGAGUGUGAACACCGCCUGCACCACGCCGGAGGAACCAGAGGAACUGGACACCAGGGUUGUGAAUCCAUCGUUCCCAAACCCGCGGCGAAGGCUGCGCCUGCGGGACCUGGCUGAAAGGGUGAUCGACGCCCAGGAGAACGAGCAGGAGCUGAACAAGCUCCUCAACGAGGCUCUGCUGGAGAGGGAGACCGUACAAGCUCUGAAGGGGAAACACACCAACCGGCUCUCGUUGAGAUUUGUGGAUCCGGACCUGGAGACUCGGUACUCAGUGGAGAAGGAGAAGCAGAGCGGCGCCGCCUUCAGCUGCUCCUGUGUGGUGCUCCUGUUCACAGCAGCCAUGGAGGCGCUCAUAGACCCUCGACUGAUUGCAAACUAUGUUACCCUUGCUGUGGGAGAAAUCCUGCUGCUCAUCCUGACAAUCUGCUCUCUGGCUGCUAUCUUCCCCAGAGUGUUUCCCAAGAAGCUGGUGUCUUUUUCCACAUGGAUCGACCACACCCGAUGGGCUCGUAAUAGCUGGGCCAUGGCAGCCAUCUUCAUCCUCACCAUGGCAGAUAUUGUGGACAUGCUGAGCUGUCAGCCUCGAGUCCCGGAGUCAGGCAGCACCACGGCCACCCCUCCCUCCUCUUCCUCCUCCACCUUGUCUGGCCCAGAGGGCUGCGUGGAAAACCCCAAGUAUUACAGCUACAUCGCCGUGCUGGCUCUCAUGGCCACCACCAUGCUGGUUCAAGUCAGUCACAUGGUCAAGCUCACGCUGAUGCUCCUCAUCACCCUGGCAACCGGCAUCGUCAACAUUUACAGCUGGAGGGACAUUUUUGACCGCUACGACAUGAAUCGCUUCCAAGACUACAGGUCAUCCCUUGUGCCCUCCAAGUUCACAAUGACAAUAAUGAUCUUCAUCAUGAUGAUCAGCUUCUAUUACUUCUCCCGCCAUGUGGAGAAGCUAGCUCGAACCCUGUUCCUAUGGAAGAUUGAGGUCCAUGAGCAGAAGGAGAAGGUGUACGAGAUGCGGCGCUGGAAUGAGGCGCUCGUGACCAACAUGCUGCCAGAACACGUUGCCCGGCACUUCCUGGGCUCCAAGAAAAGAGACGAGGAGCUGUACAGCCAAUCCUACGAUGAGAUUGGAGUCAUGUUCGCCUCCAUCCCCAAUUUCUCCGACUUCUACACGGAGGAGAGCAUCAAUAAUGGAGGAAUCGAGUGCCUGAGGUUCCUCAAUGAGAUCAUCUCAGAUUUUGACAGUCUGCUGGAUGAGUCUCAGUUCCGCUGCAUUACAAAGAUCAAGACCAUCGGCAGCACCUACAUGGCAGCAUCAGGCGUGACCCCAGACAUCAGCAACGGCUACGCCUGCCUGAAGAAGGAGGAGCUGUCGGACAGAGAGCGCUGGCAGCAUUUGGCAGACCUGGCAGACUUUGCUCUGGCCAUGAAGGUCACACUCAUGAACAUCAACUACCAGUCAUUCAACAACUUCAUGCUACGCAUCGGUCUGAAUAAAGGCGGAGUGUUAGCAGGAGUGAUUGGCGCCCGUAAACCCCACUACGACAUUUGGGGCAACACUGUGAAUGUGGCCAGUCGCAUGGAGUCCACAGGGGUGAUGGGGAACAUCCAGGUGGUGGAGGACUGCUACAACAUCCUGAAGGAGUAUGGCUUCCGCUUUGUGAGGAGGGGGCCCAUCUUUGUGAAAGGAAAAGGAGAGCUGCUCACAUAUUUCCUGAAGGGCAGAGACAAACAAGGCUCUUUCAUCAACGGCUCCUCUGUUACCCUGCCACAUCAGGUGGUGGACAGCUAAGGACCAAACACACCUACACACUCCCAUUCCCCAACAGCCACAUCUACUAGACCGCCAAUGGAUAGCGGGGCAGAGAGGAUUUUUUGGAAAGAGAAAUACGUUUGCCCAUCAACCAUGAAACAUUUUGAUACAUGGACUCGUGAACAGAAUGCUGACAAGCUCUGAAGCAAUUUAAAGUACUACUGAGAUGUUCACUACAGCCCUGGGACAACAUGCCAAACACUACCUGCUGUACAGACACACACUGGUUUCCUCUCUGUGGAAAGAUGUCAGUGCCAGCAGAAGCUCUUCAUUUGAAUUUCUCAUAAUUAUCAAAUGACUGAAUUAAAAAAUGAAUUUGUCGAAGAAUCUAUUUCAGAAAUUGAAUGUUAAAGUCAAAAUUUGGAAGUGAAUGCAGUAAUUUUAAUGACAAAUUACGAUUGAAUUUAACUUAACUGUUCAAAUUCAUGUAUCUCAGUUCAGUUUCAGUUUGGUUUAGUCAGAUUAAGCCCUGUGAUGCAUCUACAUCAGAAAAAGAUUGAAUCUUGCAGCAGUGGACUGUGCACGGCCGCUACUAAUCUCUAACCUGGUUUCCAUUCUUCCUGCUCAGAUACUUGGACAAAUCCCUCGCUGGAAUGUAGCCAGUGAAAGUGUAGACAUGAGAGCAGGACCAAAACUGGAUUGUUGUAUUGAAUCUCUGCUCAUUUUCUCAAUAUGAACUGGGAAAACUGAACUUCAAAUUAUAGUCACAAAUUAUUCCUUACUAAUCAUGUUCAGUUUCAACUUGUUGCAGAGUUUCAAAUUGUGCCUAACAAAGUCAGUUUAUUUAUUUAACUUUUUGAAACAUGAAAAAAAUAUUUCUUUCAAAAACAUUCAGAAAAAGGCAACCAGCAAGUUAAAAGAAAGAAUUUACUCAGUAUUAGUGGAAAAAAUGGCAUACAAGAAAAUUAGCGGAAAAUUAGAAAGUUGCCUGAAAAAUAUUUUUGAAAAUUACAUGAAAAUUUGUAAUAAUAAGAGUUAUAUAUUUAAAUGUGAAAAUCAGUAAUGCUGUUUACUUGUGAGAGUGAUGUAGUGAGCGAGUCAGCAAGAAAUGACCAGAAAAUCAGCAAGAAAUUAGUAAAAAGGUACACAAAAUGACCUGAAAAUUGCCAAAAAAAAAAAAAAAAGGAAAGAAGAAGAAAGUCUAAACAAACUCAGAAAAUUUGCAAAACAAAUUACUAGAAUUGUAGUAAAACAUUACCUGGAUUUACAAAAAAAUAAAUAAAUAAAAUAAAAUAAUAAUAAUGAUAAUGAUAAUGAUAAUGGUAAUAAUAAUUUUCUAAAUAUACAUUUAAAAUUUAAUUACUGGAACAUUAUCAUAAAACUACAACAAAAUUACCCUGCAAAUUUGACAAAUAAAUAAAGAAAUAAAGUGAAUUUUGUUCAGAAGAUAAAAGCCCGUCAACAGGCUUCUGGUGUCAAAGGAUCCACAAAAAAAAAAAAAAAAAAAAAUCAUAUUUCAACAGUUGGUUUAGUCAAA